AUCCGUUCUCCACCUUCGACUUCGUCAUCGGAGCCGGGGAACCGGUGCGAGGAGGGAGAGAAUGAGUGACAUAAAAGUGGAGCGGUGUCGAGGCGCAGCGCACUCUACGGCGAUAAUCAGGCAGAAGGAGAGAGAGAAAGAGAAACGAGUGUAGAAUUUCUCUCCCACGCACGUCACGCAUGUCAUCAGACGAUCGGACGUGAUCGGCCACCCUCGCGACUACAGACCAUCGGAGCAGAGCGAGUUGAGUUCGUCAAACCCACCUGGGCCACUGCGAAGCAAGCAAGCAUCUAGAUAGAGGAGGAUCCAGAUAGAGGAGCCAGAUAGAAGAGUGACAGCUGCGUGGUCCAAGUGUCCCGUUCGAGGAUCUCUUGGAGCUCGUCUUGGUCCAUUGAAGAAGACCGAUAAGAGGAGAUAUCCUCGUCCUUGAAAAAUCACCGAUAUCACGACACAUCGGCAGCGGAGCGCCAUGUGUGUACGUACGUUGGCUGGUAGCGAGAUGGGCGAGACGAUGACCACUCCGUCCGAUUCGAAGCAGAGAAGCAAGUUGUCCCACGUCAAGAGGAAGUACAAGAAACUCCACGAGGAGAUGCUGCAGGAGGAGCUCCUGCGCCGCCAGGAACAGGAUCGGAGGAACGCGAUGUACCUGCCUGAUCUGGCAGACAAUGUCCUGACUGCCAGCACGACUUCCUACAGCUUGUUGCUGAAGAACCUGGCCGAGUACUACGAGGUCGUGCGUCGCACCAAAGCAUUCAAGAUUCUCUUCCACACGACGCAACCCACUCAUAUAAUCACGAUCGUGGCAAUUUUGUUCGUCGCAUCGGUCCUCGUUCCAACGAAGGAAAAGGCGCAGGCUUCUGACCAUCCUUACUCCAGGAUGGCAUCCUUCAUUUACCUCGCGUCCUUCGUCAUUCAUUUUGGUGCGCAAAUCUGGAUGACUUUCGUAUCAGGUCUAUCCUUAUACUUUGCUUUGCCACGACACGCUUUCGGUGAGGUGCAGCGUGUUCUAUUUCCGAGAUACUUCACCAUCAACGCGUGCUUGAGUCUCACCACGCUGCUCAUAUUCGUCAAACACCAUCCGGCAUAUACGUGGGAUGCCGAAAUCGCUGUUCAGGUCGGCGCGAUGUCCGGAGCCUUCUUCUUGGAGCUGCUGAUACGUCUCUAUCUGACACCUCCGCUGCUCCAGCUGAUCGUGCUGAAAAACAACCUGGAACGCGCAGCUGGUAUCGGGAACGAGAUCGGCGGUCACCACGCCGGGCCGUUGAAAAACUGUCCGCACUACUUGAAGAUCAAUCAGGCAUUCCGCCGGGUCCAUGUGUCCAUCGCCAUGGGAAACAUGCUCACCAUGGCAUGUACGGUGCUUCAUCUUUAUUACAUUGCGAGUAAAUUAUGCGUUCUGUAAGAGCAGUCUAUCAAUUUGAAAAAAUGUGUAUGCGAUGUACGAGAUCGUUCGAGAUAGUGGGCUAUCUCGACUGAUGGAAUCUAGAAGAACUAAUCGUGGAAAAAAACGCGUCUUAUACGCGAUAAUAAAGGUCAAAGUACCGAAAAGUUCGGACCUCGCGAUGCAAAAUGCGAUCUUACCAGUCAUUAAAGUCACUCGCGACUAUAAGAGACUAUAUAAUGAGUCUUUUAAUUGCUUGGAAUUUUACGCCUCGAGGAUGUCGAGGAUUUUAGUAUUCUAGUAUUGUGCUCUAUCAUGGUCUGAGCUUAUUCUAUAUUGAAGUAGAGUAAGUAUUCAGCGAAAAGAGAAAUUACAUAACAAUAAUUAUUUGUACGACAAUAAUUAAGUCACGAGAAAAUCAAGUCGAAAGAAAGAUAAAAAAUGAAUUAUAAAAUUUCUCGCAAAUUAUGAUCUGUUUAUAAUAUUCGUUGGUAAAACUGUGUAAAUUAUUGCUAAAAGUAGUGCAAAACGCGUGCAUGUGUAACUUGUAAGAGUGUCUCGCGACUGAAUGGAUGUAAUUUAUUUGUCGACAUUAAAAAGAGAAGUUAGUCGAUGCUUCUAUAAAUAAUAUCUCAGAUUAAAAUAUACUUAAUUUACUUGACUUAGAAUAGACGUAUGUAAAACUAUCAUUAUACGUUUAUUCAAAUCUCUUAAGGCAUAGAUUCUUGCCAAAGCGUAUUUUUUUGUCUUAUAUCGACAUGCGAAAAAAUAAUUAUUGAAGUAUAUUAAUUAAAAAUGUAUUAAUGCAAUUAGAUAAAAACAUUAUUCUGCCUACGAUUAAGAAAAUAUCGUGGUUUUUUUUAUAUGUUUAGAAAUUUUUUUAAAUAGUUUCGCGAAUCACAAAAAGAACACUGCUUACUACAUUGGAGGCAAUAAAAGUAUCAUAUAUUUACUCUG